CCCCCCCCCCAUUUUUUUGAUUCUCAGAAAGUAUUCAAAGAUUAUGAAUGCCGGUGAAACCGCUGGAAAGAUUCUGAAAGGGGUCGGGAUUUCUUCACAUUCACGCUAUUGAAGAUUGUAUGGUUCCUGUUUAUCGUUGCAAUUUAUAAUUAAUUUUAGGUACCUUUUGAUCGAUCACAUUGUUAGCGGAGUUUUCAGAAUAUGUGCUGACCGAUCUCUAGCAGAUGUGCAUUAGACUUCUGCUCGGUUAGAUUGGUCGAGGAGAUUAGUUGCAUUUACCUUGGUGUUUUACCAAUGAUGGCCCCUAUUCGCACGUGUGGAUUUAUUGAUCCAGGUUGGGAGCAUGGAGUUGCUCAAGAUGAAAAGAAAAAGAAGGUUAAAUGUAAUUAUUGCGGGAAAAUAGUUAGUGGUGGCAUAUAUAGGUUGAAGCAACAUUUGGCUCGAGUUUCGGGGGAAGUUACGUAUUGUGACAAGGCUCCAGAGGAAGUAUAUUUGAGAAUGAGAGAAAACCUGGAAGGUUGUCGUUCCAAUAAGAAACCAAGACAGUCGGAAGAUGAUGAACAAUCAUAUUUGAACUUCCAUUCCAAUGAUGAUGAAGAUGGGGGUUUACAUGUGGCUUAUAGAAAUAGAGGAAGGCAAUUGAUGGUAAGCAGAAACGUCGGUGCUAACAUGACUCCUCUAAGGUCAUUAAGAUAUGUUGACCCUGGAUGGGAACACGGUGUGGCUCAGGACGAAAGGAAGAAGAAGGUUAAGUGCAACUACUGUGAAAAGAUAGUUAGUGGAGGUAUUAAUAGGUUUAAGCAACAUCUAGCCAGAAUUCCUGGAGAGGUAGCCCCGUGUAAACACGCUCCUGAGGAAGUGUAUCUUAAGAUCAAAGAGAAUAUGAAAUGGCAUCGUACUGGCAGGAGAAAUGGACAGACCGAUGCCAACGAGUUAUCGGCUUAUUUUAUGCAAUCAGAUAAUGAAGAAGAGGAAGACGAGAAAGAGGAAUCCUUGCAUCAUAUUAGCAAGGAAAGAUUGAUCGAUGGUGACAAAAGGUCGAGCAAAGAUUUGAGAAGUACCUUUAGGGGAAUGUCCCCUGGUGGUGUAUCUGAACCGUCGGUUAAAAGAUCGAGGUUAGAUUCUGUUUUUCUGAAAACUACCAAAAGACAAACCGAACAGUUGCACAAACAAGCAUUAGUAAAAAGAGGAGCCAAUAGGAGGUCACGCAAAGAAGUGAUGUCUGCAAUUUGCAAAUUCUUUUGCUAUGCAGGAAUUCCUUUUCAGUCUGCAAAUUCUGUUUACUUUCAUAAGAUGUUGGAGACAGUCGGUCAAUAUGGAUCAGGCUUGGUUGGCCCCUCGUGUCAAUUGAUAUCUGGUCGGUUAUUACAGGACGAAGUGGCAACCGUUAAGACUUACCUGGUUGAGUUGAAGGCCUCCUGGGCAAUUACUGGUUGUUCGAUACUGGUGGACAGUCGGAAGGAUUCAGAUGGUCAAACAUCUAUAAACUUUUUGGUUUCUUGUCCCCGUGGUGUUUACUUUGUCUCAUCAGUCGAUGCCACUGAAGUAGCAGACGACCCUUCAAACUUGUUUAGAGUGCUUGAUGCAGUGGUAGAUGAAAUUGGGGAGGAAAAUGUGGUGCAGGUAAUCACUGAGAAUACUCCUAAUUAUAAAGCUGCUGGUAAAAUGCUCGAGGAGAAGAGAAGAAAUUUAUUCUGGACGCCAUGUGCGACCUAUUGUAUUGAUCACAUGCUUGAAGAUUUUUCGAAAUUGAGAUCCGUGGAAGAUUGCAUGGAAAAGUGCCAAAAAAUUACCAAGUUUAUUUACAAUCAGAACUGGUUGUUAAAUUUCAUGAAGAACGAGUUCACCCAAGGGUUGGAACUUCUUAGACCUGCAGUUACUCGGAACGCCUCGAACUUUGCUACUUUGCAGUGCUUGCUGGACCACAGAGCUAGUUUACGGAGAAUGUUCGUCUCCAAUGAGUGGACUUCUUGCAGGUUUUCUAAAUCUGGUGAGGGACAAGAAGUAGAGAUGAUUGUAUUAAAUACUUCAUUUUGGAAGAAGGUUCAAUAUGUUUCUAAAUCUGUGGAACCAGUAUUGCAAGUUCUUCAAAAAGCCGAUUCGGUUCAAAGCUUGUCGAUGUCAUCUAUAUAUAAUGACAUGUACAGGGCCAAGUUCGCUAUACAAUCCAUUCAUGGCGAUGACGCCAGGAAAUAUGGACCAUUCUGGAAUGUGAUAGAUAGCAACUGGAAUUCUUUAUUUUGCCACCCUUUACAUAUGGCUGCUUUUUUCUUAAACCCAUCAUACAGAUAUCGUCCUGAUUUCGUGGCGCAUUCGGAGGUGGUUCGCGGACUUAACGAAUGCAUAGUUCGGCUCGAGUCUGACAGUUCCAGAAGGAUUUCUGCCUCUAUGCAGAUUUCUGACUAUAAUUCAGCAAAAUCUGAUUUUGGAACUGAGCUGGCUAUUAGUACAAGAACAGAGCUUGAUCCAGCUGCAUGGUGGCAACAACAUGGAAUUAGUUGUUUAGAACUGCAACAAAUAGCUGUUCGCAUACUGAGUCAAACAUGUUCAUCUUUGUGUUGUGAGCAUUACUGGUCCCCUUUCAAGAAUGAACGCAGUCAAAAGAACAAUGCUCUGUCUCAGAGAAAAAUGGCUGAUUUGUUGUAUGUUCACUACAACCUUCGGCUUCGAGAACGCCAACUAAGAAAGCGAUCUAGUGACUCCGUUUCUCUUGAUGAUAUUCUUAUGGAACAUUUGUUGGAUGAUUGGAUUGUGGAACCUCAGAAACAAGGCAUGCAAGAAGAUGAGGAAAUCCUUUGUCCUGGAAUGGAGACACUAGAUGCAUAUGAGAAUGAUUUGAUUGACUAUGAGGACGGGACUACAGAGGCAGCGCGGAAGGGCUGUCUUCAACUGGUUUGUUUGACUAAUGUCGAACCAUUGGAUGUCAACCCUGCCAAUGGAGGCGCUUCCACCGACAAUGAUGCCGAUGUUAAGUUCUACGACGAUGAGCUAAGUGACUAAACUUGACACUAAUGAGUUGAGCUCACCAGCCAUUGUCUGGUUACCUGAUUUAUGGCUUCAUAUUUAUGUUUUUGAUCUCUAUAACCCAAGUCAGCUUUAAUCCAGGUGAAUCUGUAAUUACACGAAGUUUUACUCUUAUUCAAAUCCAAACCCAAACGGUAAAUUGUUCGAAGUUAGUUAUCAUUCCUAAAUUCCUCGUGUUUUGAGUGUAUAUAUUUCUUAGCAGCAGGUUGUUUUUGCUUCA